GGCGUGAUCGUAAGAUUGCGAAUAAUUGCGGCUAAUCAUGCCCAUCGCAUUCCCAAGUCCCACUGCGCUGUUUUCCUAAACGACGACACACAGAAGCAACCAACUUCCUUAAAAGACAGGUUCUCUCUUCCGAUUCAAAUAGAAAGAACAAAGAAGGGGCAAGCAGAAUAAAAAGCUCACCUUUGUACGUUUUUCCUCAGUUCCUCUGUCUCAUCCGAAGCUCUUGGAUAUGGAAGUAGAGAGGGAGUCGUCGUCGUCCUCGUCUUCGCCUCUAUUUUGGUCCCAAUCGCAGAAAGCUCCCUCCUUUUCUGGUUCUCCACCUUCUUCUUCUUCUUCUUCUUCUUCUUCGGGGAUACGAACAUGGGUUUUAGUGCUUCUGAUUUCCACCUUCGUCAUUCUCUUUAUCCCCUCUGUUCUGUCGUCUAGCUUUCGCGGCUUUCGUCCAAGCCUUGUGAAGAACGGAUGGAAUACGCUUAAUAUCGCCCUCGUCGUCUUCGCCAUUCUGUGCGGUCUUCUUGGACGCGAUAAUGUUGCUUCCGGUGGUGGUGGCGGAGAAGAUAGGGAAGAAGCCGAGAAAAUGUCGGUGAUAGCGCCGCCGCCGACGCAGUCUCAGGAGUGGGUGGGGAUCGGAUACUCCCCUGUUCCUGAGCAGAGUGUUUACGAGGUGAAUCAAACGGUUGGAAUCCGGCGGAUGAGGAGCAGCAGUUCCUACCCCUAUCUCCGGCCGGAGAUUGACACCGGUGACAACUGGGGCGCGACCGAUAGCUGGCGGUUCUCCGACGAUAUCCAGUUGUACCGGCGGCGGCGGCGGUCUGAUCUACCCGAGUGGGAGAUUUCCGGUGGUCCGGGAGUUAAGACGAUUCAAGUGGACACUUUUGAGUUGACGACAAGCCCCUUGAAAUCUCCACCGCCGCAGCCGCGGCCGCCACCGUCACCUCCGCCGCCGCCGCCGACGCAGCCGAAAAGUAUUACUGUGAAGAAGUUACCACAUACCCCGCCUAAAAUCAUGCCGCCUCUUCAGCCGGCAGUUCCACCUCCUCCGCCGCCACCUCCACCACCUCCUGUAUUUGCGGAGCAGAGGAAGAAUAGCCACAAGAAGCGCAGUGGCGCCGCAGCGAAGGACAUUGCGACUGCCAUCGCAUUAUUCUACAACAAGAAGAAGCGGAGGAGUAAAGUGAAGAAGAUCCACGACGACGAUUCGCUAAUCUCCGCCUCGCCGUCAACUCCUCCUCCUCCUCCGCCGCCGCCGCCACCGCCACAGUCCUCCGUCUUCUCACAGUUAUUCUCAACCAAGAAAGGAGGGAGUAAAAGCAAGAGAUUCAAUUCCAUCUCCGAUCACCGAUCCCCGCCACCACCACCGCCUCCCCCUCCACCAAAGAAGGAACCCUCGCUCUUCUCCGACCACCGCCUUCCUCCGAGAAAGAAGAAAGAGAAAACACCCACCUUUAUAAACACUUAUCCAAUCGCUCCGCCUUCCCCUCUCCCUCCGCCCCCACCUCCUCCUCCGACCUGCGAUGACGAUGGCGGCGACGCGAAGCCCGCCGAUGAGGCAAAAGCGUCGCCUUUCUGUCCGAGCCCAGACGUGAACAACAAAGCAGACGUGUUCAUCAAGCGCUUCCGCGAUGGACUUAAGCUCGAGAAGCUCAACUCAAUCCGAGAGAAACAACGACGGCAACAAGAUCAGCCGCAGGAAAGGCAACUGGAAGCUGGUAUAGAGAUGGAGAUGGAACAGCAGAUCAUGACUAUGAUGAUGAUCGGAAUGGACGACAAUGUGAAACUAAUUUAAUUUUUUUUUUAAUCUGUUCAUCAUUUAUUUAUACUUUUUACAACAAUGUUCGGUGUGCGAGUGAUUAAAUAAAAUUGCGAAAUUCACUGUAAAUUACACUGCUGGCAGGA